AUGACCACCAGCUGGACCGCCACACAAUGGAUUCCCUGGAUGACUUUAAUCUCCACCUGGAUUGACGGCACAACCGCAGACCCCAGUCAGACGAUAUGUCCCGCGCCGAGUUGGCAAGUCGCCGAAGCCGAGUUCAUCCAGUGGCCUCAGUGUCCGGAGACGCGAUGGGAAGCGGACCCGGCUACUUCUCUCUCCGCGGCACAACAACAACCGUUGCUGAAAGCACCUGAGGAGACGCUCUCUGUUGUGUCUGUCUCCAUGGCUGCUUCUUCGGAGAGCAGCGCACGGCCCGAUCACGAGCUCGAUACCGAGUCGCCGCUCGAUAAUGCGAAUUUCUUGUCGUUCGAGGAUUGGAAGAAGCAGAAUUUGGCCAAGGUUGGCCAGUCUGCGGAGAAUGUGGGCGCGCGCGGUGCUGCUGCUGCUGCUGCUGGGAAGGAAGGGAGACGGCGUCCGACGGGGAUUAAUAAUGCGUUGGAUUCGCUGGGUGAGGAUGUUGAGAUUGAGUUGGAUUUUGGUGGCUUUGGGGCUGAUACGCCGGAGGCGGCGAAGCCGACGUCUUGGGGGGCGCGUGUGUCGACUGGGGGUACCACUGAGGAGGGGGGUUCCGUUGGGGAUGUGGAGUCACUGGCGCAGGGUGUGCCGCCGGCUGGGGGUGUGUCGAGGUCAAAGGAUGCGGGGACGACGUGCAAAGAAAGGUUCAAUUAUGCGUCGUUUGAUUGCGCUGCGACGGUGCUGAAGACAAAUCCGGAGUGUACGGGGUCGUCGUCGGUGUUGAUUGAGAACAAGGAUAGCUAUAUGCUCAAUGAGUGUCGGGCUAACAACAAGUUCUUGAUUUUGGAGCUGUGUGAUGACAUUCUGGUUGAUACGGUGGUGUUGGCCAACUAUGAGUUUUUCAGCUCCAUCUUCCACACCUUUCGCGUCAGUGUGUCGGAUCGGUAUCCGGCGAAAUUGGACCAGUGGCGCGAGCUGGGCAUCUACGAGGCGAGGAAUACGCGCGAGGUUCAGGCGUUUGCGGUGGAGAAUCCGCUUAUUUGGGCGCGGUAUGUCAAGAUCGAGUUUCUCACGCAUUAUGGGAAUGAGUUCUUUUGUCCGCUUAGCUUGAUUCGCGUGCAUGGAACGACGAUGCUGGAGGAGUAUAAGCAUGAUGGGGAGGUUAGUCGGACAGACGAUGUGGUGGCUGAUGAAGAGCCCGAGCCUGCACCGGCGGCUGCUGAGAUAGAGACAAUCCCUACGGUGGAUGUUGCACCUGCAGCAGGCACGGCAGAGCAGAAGGUGGACGAGCAGACGCCGGAGACUUGCCCUAACCCCGGACCGGUCGUUGAUGAGACAGUUAUGAUGCAGCUUCUGGGGGUGCUUGAGACAUGUAGUAUUCAUGACUCGCCAGCUGCUGGGGUUGAAGGGACUCAGACGUCUCUUAAUCGCCCGUCAGCUACUGACGCUGCACCUCCCAAGGGCGACGAUGCUGCGUCUGUUGGUAACGAUGCUCCAGCCAAGGAGGCAGGGGAGCAGAAAGUGACUGUUAGCCCGAAUGUUGACUCGGCACCUUCGUCUGCUACAACGGCUGGUCCAGAAACUACAUCACAAGGUGAAGCCGAUAGCCGGUCUACUGGCUUCACCAAGGAAGAGCAAAGCGUAGCCGCGGAGACAACGCGGUCAACAGCAACGCAGCCUCCUUCUGCGAACCCAACUACGCAAGAGUCAUUCUUCAAGUCCGUGAAUAAGCGACUACAAAUGCUGGAAUCCAACUCCAGUCUUUCACUACUGUACAUCGAAGAGCAGUCGCGGAUCUUGCGCGACGCAUUCAACAAGGUUGAGAAACGACAGCUGGCCAAGACCUCGACGUUCCUGGAGCAACUGAACGUGACGGUGCUUCAUGAAUUAAAGCAAUUCCGCGAGCAGUACGACAACGUGUGGAAGAGCGUAGCACUCGAAUUUGAGCACCAGCGCAUCCAGUACCAUCAGGAGGUGCAUUCGCUGAGCGCGCAGCUGGGCGUCCUCGCUGAUGAACUGGUCUUCCAGAAGCGGGUGGCCGUCAUCCAAAGCAUCAUGAUCCUGUUCUGCUUCGGACUGGUACUCUUCUCGCGCGGCGCCGUCAGCAGCUACAUUGAGUUGCCAAGCAUGCAAAACAUGGUGUCGCGGUCGUACAGUCUGCGGUCAUCAUCACCUCCGUUUGGGUCGCCGUCUGUAAGCCCGACGUCGUCGGGACGGCGCGCGGGCGGUCACCGACGCAACCUGUCCGAGGAUUCUCAGGAAGAUGGGCCGAUUAGUCCCACACUGGCCUACUCUCCACCAACACCUGUCUCCGAUGUGAUGAGCUCGUCGGAGGAGGCAGAGAACCACAGGGGUGACUCGUUGGCACUGCCGGAGGUGGCGCCACCAGUCCGAUCGCGCAGUAGUCCGCCUGACCUCAAGGGAGGCGAGGAGUCCAUUGAAGAAUCAUCUAGCUCGGGCGAGUCACCCGUGUCUCAUGGACGGAAUGCCGCGGUGGCCGAGGCCUAG